ACAGCGAAAGCUGUAUGUUGUAAUGAGUGUAAUCCUGCUCCAACUAUAGUGGUGUUGCUUCCUCUGCUCAUCCUCUCAGCACCAUUGCUGUGCAAUCUUUAGAACCCAAUUGUUCUAAGAAAUACCCUUGACAUAAAAAUGCUAUCUUUCGCAAUAACCAUACCUGUUGUUCAAGUAAUCACCAUUAACAAAUGGAAGCAGAGACAUCUGCAAAGGCUAAGGCAAAGGGUGUCAGCUUCUAUUCACCACGACAGCCUCAGAGUCCUCGAAUGGGACAAGCUUUGCGAUGUAGUCGCUUCCUUCGCCACCACUUCUUUGGGCCGUCAAGCCCUCAAGGACCAGCUAUGGUCUCUGAAUCAAACUUUCGAAGAAAGUCUUGCCCUUCUCGAGGAAACCAAUGCUGCUGUUGAAAUGCACAAGCAUGGCACUCUCAGAUUGCACUUGGGGCACCUUGAUGCUAUGCUGGUCAAAACCGCCAUUCAACAUGCCCGGAGAAGUACACCAGUGAGUGGCAAUGAGGCACGGGCCAUUGUCACUCUUCUGCAGUGUGCUGAAAUCUUGCAGGGUGAUCUCAAGGCUGCAAUUAAGGAAGAUAAAGAUUGGCAUGGUCGUUUCAUGCCUCUUACAGAACUGAUAUUGGAAUUUGUCAUCAAUCGGUCCUUAAUUAAAGUGAUAGAGCAAGUUGUUGAUGAAGAUGGAUCUAUUAAGGACUCUGCGAGUCCAGCCCUUAAACAUUCGCGGCAACAAGUGCAAGUGAUUGAGAGAAAGGUAAAACAGCUAAUAGAGAACAUAAUCAGGAGCGAAAGGAGUGAAACCUCAAUUCUUGAAGUGAAUAAUGUAGAUGGCAGGUGGUGCAUAAAAGUUGAUUCUAGACAAAAGACAAGUUUUAAGGGUCUAUUAUUGUCCAGUGGAUCGGGAAUUGGAAGUACUAUAGAGCCACUUUCUGUUGUGCCUUUAAAUGAUGAGUUGCAGCGAGCAAGAAGUUCGGUGGAAAAGGCUGAAGCAGAUGUGCUUUUGACAUUAACCAAAAAGAUGCAGUUGGACGUUGAUGAUAUUGAAAAGAUAUUGAACAGUUUGGUUCAACUAGAUGUGAUUAAUGCUCGUGCUACUUAUGGACUUUCAUUUGGAGGGUCAAGUCCCCAUAUAUUUUUGCCAGACAGGAGUGGCUCUUCUACUACAGAUGCCUUUUCAAGAAGGAAUGAAAAUUCCUAUGGACCAUUGCCCAAAAAAAGGGAAUGGAAGUUGUAUCUUUUAAAAGCUUAUCAUCCUCUUUUGCUCCAUAGGCAUAGGGAGAAUUUGCGGAAGACCAAAAAGGAUGUCAAUCUUGCUACUUCAGAUGGCACAGACAAUGCCCUACCAGUAGCAGUUGAUUUUUUGGUGUCUAAGAAAACUCGUGUUAUAGUUAUAACUGGUCCAAAUACUGGUGGUAAAACCAUAUGUUUGAAGACUGUAGGAUUGGCUGCUAUGAUGGCAAAAUCAGGUCUCUAUGUUCUUGCUUCAGAAUCUGCGAAAAUUCCUUGGUUUGAUUCUGUUUUUGCUGACAUUGGUGAUGAGCAGUCCUUAUCACAAUCUUUGUCUACGUUCUCUGGCCAUUUAAAGCAGAUAAGUCAUAUUAAAUUACAGGCAACGAGCCAAUCGCUAGUGCUACUUGAUGAGGUUGGUGCAGGAACAAACCCUCUUGAAGGAGCAGCGCUAGGAAUGUCGUUGUUGGAAUCUUUUGCUCAUGAUAGUUGUUUGUUAACUAUGGCAACGACUCAUCAUGGUGAAUUGAAAACACUAAAAUACAGUGAUGAAGCCUUUGAAAAUGCAUGUAUGGAGUUUGAUGAAGUGAAUUUGAAGCCAACUUACAAGAUUCUGUGGGGUGUUCCAGGGCGCUCAAAUGCAAUAAAUAUAGCUGAGAGGUUGGGACUACCAUCUGUUGUUGUAGAUACCGCUCGUAACUUAUAUGGUUCUGCUAGUGCAGAGAUAGAUGAGGUAAUAACUGAUAUGGAAAGGUUGAAACAAAAUUACCAAGAGCUGAUGGAUGAAGCGCGUAAUUAUCUGAUGCACUCCAGAGGACUUUACAAUAGUCUAUUGAACACCAGAAGGAAGAUUAUGAAACAUAGUACUGAUAUACGAUCAAAGAAGAUGAGAGAUGUAUCUGAGGCUGCGGCAAUGGCAAGAUCCAUCCUUCACAAGAAAGUGAGGGAGUUGGAUGUAUCAGCUAAGCAACCUCCACAGAACAUCAAAACUAUUAGUAGCUCUCAUUUAUCAGCAACCAACAAAAGCCAAACUGCAGCAAAUAACAGAGAAUCUGCUGUUGCUGAUAGAAAUACAUCUGCCGUAAAAGUUUUUAGUGAAUCAUCAUCAGGUUCAGAUAAACCUAAGCCUCCCAAGGUUGGUGAUAUUGUUCAUAUCUCUUCCCUUGGGAAAAAGGUGACGGUUUUAGAAGUGGAUUCAUCCAAAGGAGAAAUUGUAGUUCAAGCUGGAAUCAUGAAGUUGAAGCUGAAACUAACUGACGUUCAGAGAUCAUAGAAGUAGGGAAACCAUGACCAAUGUCAUAAAUGAGUAAGUCUUUUCUGUUUGCAUAGGAUCUCUCAUAUGGUGUCUUUUUCUAACUGCAUAGUAAUAAUAAUAACCCUGCACCACAGGAAAGUCCAUAUAUUAAUAGAAAUUAUGCAGCAUCAAGUUUUGAGAAUUAAAAGUUGAUUUUUUAUAAUUUUUUAUUUUAGAAGUCAGUGCAUUUUAUUGUGCCUUCGACCAUACGCCAUCCCUUGAUUAGAGGUGGGUAAGGAGACCAGUCUGACCCAUUUAAGACCCGGUGGAUCCCAUGUUUUAAAUGAACCAGAUAAGUCGGAUCUUUGAAGGCCUUCAUUUUUUCUGUAUUGGAUCCACACAAAAGCCCCUUGAUAAACAGACCAGUCCAUGGAUUCAAUGAUAAUCCAAAAAAAUGAAAAAUAUAUCAAUUUAAAAGAAAUUUGUAUAUUCUUUCUUUCUUUGUUAGGAUAAAAUAUAUCAAACUAGUAUCUACUACAUUAAAGUCUAUCAAGUCAAACUAAAAUCUACUGAACUCAACAAAAUUCAAUUUUUUAUAAAAUGCAGCAAUAUCAAGUCCACUGGUUUAACAGACCGAGCCUGUAAACUGAUUAUAAUUAUGCAGAUUUCCAAAAAAGUGUUUGUUAUCUGUAAAGUCUGCAAACUUAAGUAUGGGUUCACAAAUUUGGAUCUAUAUAGCCACCCUUUUCUGUGAUGAACCAGCAAUCCCGAAUGCUUUUGCUAUUAACCGAAGAAACAUGAAUAGUUUUGUAUUGCCUCUCUAGUAUGGUACCUCACAUGAGAAUCCUUUACACAAGUGCAUCCAUCUUGUACUAAAUGUUAACUUUUAACUUAUUUGAAGAAUAUAUAUAUAUAUAUAUAUAUAUAUAUAUAUAUAUAUAUAUAUAUAUAUAUAUAUAUAUAUGUAAGAAGAGAACACUUGGUCAUAGACUUUGACAGCAUUUCAUGAGCCAACUAUGUCCAAAAGAUCUGAUAGGUGAAGACAUCCAAACGGUUUUAUUAUUUUUAUUUUUCAUAUCUAACAACCCUUACCCUCUAGAAGUCCAAAAUAUAUGUUUAACUUAUUUAUAUGCCCUUGAAAAGGGAAAAUGUGCAUUGAAAGUGCUAUCAUACGAUGUGGCACUAGUGGAAAAAAAGGUGGGGGGAUUUUCAAUAUCAGAAACUUCAGUUCCUAGAUUUAGCCGGAUGUGUCAAAAAUACAGUUUUGCAAUGUCAUCAGCAGUACAAAUAGUUGGCGUGCUAAUUAUGCAAGAAUGUGAAAAAAAAAAGAAGAAGAAAACAAGCUAUUCAGUUAAAGAAAGUUGUGAACAUCACAUGGUGCUUGCUUAGUGGAAAGAACAGUGACAGGCCUUUUUUGACACUGAUGGAGAUGGAAUGUCCCUACUCUAUUGAAGAAGAUUCUACCGGAUUCCAAUUAUGUGAUUGGAUUCCUUUAACUGAAAAAACACCCUCCUUACAAAAUCAAUUUCUGAAAGGGGAUCAUGGUGUGACUGUAGAAACACUUUUUUAUCUGCUAUAUAGUACAAUGGCGAUAACCAAGUCAGAAUCUAGAAUAUUGUACAAAUCAUCUCGAUUCCCCAACUACUAGCCCCACCCUUGUGACUUAGAAAGAUUGAGUGUGGUAAAAACACAAGGUUGAUGUACAAAACUAGUUUUCUUAUUUCCAACACAGUUUUGUGUAGGGUGUUUGGUUCUGCAAUCAAAAUGUAUGAAAUGCAGUUUUUUUCAUAAGCAACCUAGUGAAGUUUCUUUGUGUUCUUUUUAAGAAAUAGAAGUGAUUUUACCUUCUCAAAUGCAUGUCCAAACACACAUGUAAUUAUUGUAGUUUAUUGCCCCCUCUACUGAUUUAGUUUUAAUUUC